GGUGUCCUGAAAUCUCUAUUUGUCACGACACCCCGACGGCCUGGAGGUUAGGCUAAAGAUGCCUUUGAUUAUUGUAGGGUACAAGAGCAUCCUCUUUUGUCCAGGAUUUCUCUCUCUCGGAGGUCUAAACUAGGCAGUGAAACAUGCCUAUUAUGGCUUGGACGUGGGUGAUACUUGUGCUGGUUAUUCUUGCUUAUCUCCUACUAGAAUGGACAUGGAGAAGCAUGAACAAGACUAAGAAACUACCUCCUGGUCCAAAAGGCUUGCCUAUCGUCGGGAAUCUACAUAUUUUUGGGGAAUUUCCACAUCGAGAUCUUCAUCGACUAGCCCAAAAAUAUGGUCCCAUCAUGCACUUGCGCUUAGGCAUUGUGCCCACCAUUGUUGUCUCCUCCCCCCAAGCUGCUGAGCUGUUUCUUAAAGCCCAUGACCUUGUGUUUGCUAGUAGACCACCUACUGAGUCUGCAAAGUACAUCUCUUAUGAGCAAAAAGGCUUGUCUUUUUCUCCUUAUGGUCUUUAUUGGCGCAACAUUCGUAAGAUGUGCACCCUUGAAUUGCUUGGAAACCUCAAAAUCAAUUCUUUCAUAUCCAUGAGGAAAGAAGAGCUUGCCCUACUGGUGAAGUUUAUUGAAAAGGCUGCCUCUGAUUGUAUUGUUGUUGAUCUCAGUGACAAGGUCUCGUCCCUCAUCGCGAAUAUGAGUUGCCGUAUGGUGUUGGGGAAGAAGUACAUGGAUAAGGAUUUUGAUGAGCGGGGAUUCAAGGCUGUAAUUCAAGAGGCUAUGCAUCUAGGUGCUACUCCUAACCUUGGUGACUAUAUUCCUUAUAUUGGUCCCCUUGACCUUCAGGGGCUGAGGCGACGCAUGAAGGCUGUUAGUAAGAUAUUUGAUGGAUUUUUGGAGAAAAUUAUUGAUGAUCAUGUCCAAUCUAAAGAUGAAAAUAAGAUUAAAGACUUUGUCGAUGUCAUGCUGAGUUUCAUGGGAUCUCAAGACUCCGAGUACCGUGUUGAACGGUCCAAUAUCAAGGCCAUAAUCUUGGACAUGCUUGCAGGAUCAAUGGACACUAGUGCAACAUCAAUUGAGUGGGCAAUUUCGGAAGUCAUCAAGCAUCCAUGGGUAAUGAAGAAACUUCAAAAGGAGCUGGAAGAUGUAGUGGGCUUGGAGAGGAUGGUAGAGGAAUCAGAUUUGGAUAGGUUGGAAUACUUGGACAUGGUUGUAAAGGAAACCAUGAGACUACAUCCAGUAGCACCUCUACUGAUACCUCAUGAGGCCACAGAGGACAUCACUAUCCAAGGCUUCCACAUCCCCAAGAAGUCUAGGUUGAUAGUAAAUGUAUGGGCAAUUGGGCGAGACCCAAGUGUUUGGACUGAUGCUGAGAAGUUCUUCCCGGAAAGGUUUGUCGGGAGUAGCAUUGAUCUCCGGGGACGUGACUUCCAACUUCUCCCAUUCGGCUCUGGGAGAAGAGGCUGCCCUGGGUUACAGUUGGGUCUAACCGUGGUUCGGCUCGUGGUGGCACAGCUUGUUCAUUGCUUUGAUUGGGAGCUUCCUAAUAACAUGCUACCAAUUGAGUUGGACAUGACCGAGGAGUUUGGCCUUAUAGUUCCUAGAGCCAAACAUCUACUUGCUAUUCCUCGAUGUCGUGGCUUUCACAAAUGAGAAAGAAGAUCUCCUUUCUUCUUCUCUCUAUUGUCGUCUAUAUUUUUCGAUUUCAUGGUAAUGCAUGUCCCUAUUACACUCAUGUUAUUAGAACUCUUCAAGAUAUGAUGUUCCUUUGAGUUUGAGAUUUGCUUUGAUGCAACUCAUUGUA